AUCUCCCAUCGGGCCAGUUCGGUCGGACAUGUUCGAUUUAUUCGUUCGUUUUGCGUUAGUUUGAGCUGCGAGUGUUUUUUUUUUUCACUGCAAGAAAGGAACGUCGAGUGUUCCGCUAGGUGUUUUAGUGCAUAAUUUUGGGUUGGGUGGCCCCGUUCGGCGAGCGGUUGCGGUGGUCUCAAGGGAUUCCUUCAGAGUCAGUCGAUUAACUGUCAAAGCACAGUCGGAGAGGGUGUAUCAAAUCGCAGCCGCCGUGAUCGUGGUCAACCCGAUUUCUUUGGGUGAAAAUGAUCGGUGUGUCAAUGAAUAAAAAAGCUUAAAAAAGGUCGCGAAUAGGGCUUGGUUCCAAUGGCUUAAAGAUAAAAGUAACCGCUAAGUGCUUUGGAGAGAGAUUUUCCGAGUGCGUGUCGCGCGCGCGCGCGCUCGCGGUUGUGUGUCUGUGUGGGAACGUAACUGGUUGUGUUGGAGGAGAGAGUUACUGGCCUGGGCCAGCCAUUUUUGUGGAGGUAUUUUCAAUUUUUGGAUGAGUUUUGUGUGUGUGCGUGUGCAUUUACAAUUUUUCAAGUGUUUUAUGGCGUCAACAUUUUGAAGGUUUUACCUAUAUUUAAAAAAUUUCCCAAUCUUGGUCCAUCAUUAUGGUAACCUCCGCAACUUUAAUAGUCCUCUUGAAACAAGAACCGUCGCCCCAAUAAUUCUUCGUUUCGACGCGGGUGUCGAUUUAAAAGUGCGACGGACACGAGUAGGGCAGCCACGGUGGCGGCGGCGGGCCCGGCGGAGUGCGGCGGCCCCGGCGCCGCCGAAAAGGGAGCCGGAUGUUGGUGGUCGUCCCUGACGGCGAUGGGUUGUUUUGGAAAUCGGGAUGCUCAACCGCCGGCCGGCGGCGCGGAUGACUCCAGAACGCAGAAAAGAAUCAACAACCAAAUUAACCGGCAGCUUCAAAAGGACAAACAACUUUAUAGGGCCACGCAUCGUUUACUGUUGUUGGGUGCCGGUGAAUCCGGAAAAUCAACAAUCGUCAAACAGAUGAGAAUUUUGCAUGUCAAUGGGUUUAGUGAUCGAGAGAAAAUGCAAAAAAUUGAGGACAUUAAGAAGAACAUAAGGGACGCUAUUAUUACGAUAACGGGCGCGAUGUCCACGUUAUCGCCUCCCGUGCAACUGGAACAUCCUGAAAACCAAGCGCGAGUCGAUUGGAUUCAGGAUUGCGCAUCGGGAGCAGACUUUGAUUAUCCUCCUGAGUUUUAUGAGCACACGGAGGCCCUAUGGAAGGAUAAGGGUGUCCAGGCAACGUUUGAAAGAAGUAAUGAAUACCAAUUGAUAGAUUGCGCCAAAUACUUCCUUGAUCAGGUGAACAUUAUCAAACGAUCCGAUUACACGCCCACAGAACAAGAUAUUCUUCGCUGUCGUGUACUUACUAGCGGUAUCUUCGAAACCAUCUUCCAAGUUGAUAAGGUUAAUUUCCAUAUGUUUGAUGUGGGCGGUCAAAGAGAUGAACGCCGCAAAUGGAUCCAGUGCUUCAAUGAUGUAACUGCGAUCAUCUUCGUGACGGCGUGCAGCUCCUAUAACAUGGUCCUUCGCGAAGAUCCAACGCAGAAUCGAUUACGGGAAAGUUUGGACCUGUUUAAAUCGAUCUGGAACAAUCGUUGGUUACGUACAGUUUCGAUCAUCCUCUUUCUUAACAAACAAGAUUUGCUCGCUGAAAAAAUCCUCGCAGGAAAAAGUAGAUUGGAAGAAUACUUUGCAGAGUUUGCUAAUUAUGAGACUCCAGGAGAUGCUCAGAAUGAAAGUAAGGAACCGCCGGAAGUGAUUAGAGCAAAGUAUUUUAUACGUGACGAAUUUUUGCGUAUAAGUACGGCCUCGGGAGACGGCAAACACUACUGUUACCCGCAUUUUACCUGCGCCGUCGACACCGAAAACAUAAAGCGGGUGUUCAACGACUGCCGCGACAUCAUUCAGCGGAUGCAUCUCCGCCAGUUCGAGCUCUUAUAACCGCCCCCGUUAGUCGCAGCCAGGCUCCUUCUGGCCACGGGACCGCAUAAAGCCGCUAGAAAAACCGCUAAGACCGCCAAAAUCAUCAUCGUCGCCGCCGCCUUACAACAACAACAACAACAACCGCGCACACAACAACACAAACACACAUGUCAUAAUUCCCCCGAAAACCGCACCAUAUUUAGAAAAA